AUGUCGGACGGUAACGAAGACGUCCCGACGUCUGAGGAGACGCUGGUGGAAGAACAGACAGAGGUUCAGGAUAAAAUGACCAAUCCAGAAAAAGCAGAGGAGGCCAAACUGAAAGCCAGAUACCCAAACUUGGGAAAUAAACCAGGGGGUUCCGAUCUGCUGCGUAAACGUCUUCAGAAGGGGCAAAAAUACUUCGAUUCGGGCGACUACAACAUGGCCAAAGCCAAGAUAAAGAACAAGCAGCUGCCGACGGCGGCGGCGCCCGAGAAGACGGAGAUCACGGGGGACCACAUCCCCACCCCGCAGGAUCUACCCCAAAGGAAACCCUCCCUGGUGGCCAGUAAACUAGCAGGCUGA